AGGAAAAGAGUCAGGGAUGAGGUCCUGAGGCAAAAAGAUCUCAAACCGGUCAGCCCACUUUAGGAGGGAAGGACAGACUAAUGUUAAAAAGAAACCCAAAUCCUUUUUCCCUAAACCGCCCAAGCUUUUCAAGAUAAAGAAAUUGCCAGUGAUUGCAGCAAUUACAAAGCCUUGUCCACAUCUCCUUGGGGUAAAGUUGGAAUCCUGCUUUCUGACAGACUGUCAGGACUUUUUAGAACGCAGAAGGAAACCGCCCUCAGGAUUUUUCCGAGGAUAAUUUGGAACUGGGAAUUACCAACUGUGAACCUUUCUGUGGAGAGUUGUCGGUGGAGCAAACCCGAAGCAAGAGGAUGCCCGUUCGAAAGCAAGAUGCGCAGCGAGCUCUCAAGCUCCUGGAGAAUUACCGAGCCAAGCUCGGCAAGACUGAAGACCGUCAGCUCCGUGCUUCCAUCGAGAGAGUUAUCAACAUAUUCCGCAGCAAUCUCUUUCAAGCAUUAAUAGAUAUUCAGGAAUUUUAUGAGGUGUCAUUGCUGGAUAAUCAACCGGUUCUUGCUCAAAAGACAACUGGGAUUGUUCCAGCAGUCCAUAACUGGGAUAUUUCCAACCUUCCAAGCACAGCUGUUACGUCGGAGCCACUCCCCAUCAGCCUUAGCCCUAGUACAGAGAAGUAUCGUUACCAAGAUGACGAUGCAUCUCCACAAGAACACAGCUCUCCGCAGAUUAGCAAUGAGGUGAAAGGUCCAGAGCUUGUGCAUGUGUCGGAGAAGAACCUGUCUCAGAUUGAGAAUAUACAUGGCUUUGUUUCUCAGUCACAUAUAUCCCCGAUGAAGCAGAUAGAGGCUACUCCUCCCUCUACUCCUGUAAUCCCUGUGAUCCCUGUUAUGCCAGUCCCUGCUGAUGCCAGUGUCUACUCGUCUGACAGUCAACAGGCUAAUCCACCCCCAGUUGUGGUGAAUACAGAUAGUUUGGAAUCUCAGCCUUAUGUUAAUGGUACAGAUGUAGAUUAUGAAUAUGAAGAAAUCACACUUGAAAGGGGAAAUUCUGGCCUGGGCUUCAGCAUUGCAGGUGGCACAGACAAUCCGCACAUUGGUGAUGAUCCCAGCAUAUUCAUUACAAAAAUCAUUGCAGGAGGUGCAGCUGCACAGGAUGGAAGACUGCGGGUUAACGACUGCAUCCUUCGGGUAAAUGAUGUAGAUGUAAGGGAAGUAACUCAUAGCAAAGCAGUAGAAGCUUUAAAAGAGGCUGGAUCGAUCGUAAGAUUAUACGUGCGCAGAAGGAAGCCAGUCACAGAAAAGAUCUUGGAAAUAAAGCUUGUUAAAGGGCCAAAAGGUCUUGGGUUCAGUAUAGCUGGCGGUGUUGGAAACCAGCACAUUCCAGGUGAUAACAGCAUCUACGUAACCAAAAUUAUUGAAGGAGGAGCUGCGCAUAAAGAUGGCCGGCUACAGAUAGGAGACAAGAUUCUGGCAGUCAAUACAGCCAGUCUAGAUGAAGUUAGCCAUGAAGAUGCAGUGACUGCUUUGAAAAACACAGCAGAAGUUGUAUAUUUGAAGGUUGCAAAGCCCACCAGCAUGUAUAUGAAUGACGGGUAUGCACCUCCAGACAUCACCAAUUCCUAUUCCCAAUUGGAAAAUCAUAUCACACCAUCAAACUAUUUAGGGAGUACAGAAUACAAACAGACUCUUCCUCCAUCAUCACCAGGCAGAUACUCGCCAAUUACCAAAGUCAUGGGUGAUGAUGAAAUGACCAGGGAACCCAGAAAGGUGGUGCUACAUCGAGGAUCAACAGGCCUCGGUUUUAACAUUGUCGGUGGUGAAGAUGGGGAAGGGAUUUUUAUUUCCUUCAUAUUGGCAGGAGGCCCAGCUGACCUAAGCGGUGAACUAAGAAAAGGGGACAGGAUUAUUUCGGUGAACGGUAUUGACCUGCGGAGUGCCACCCAUGAGCAAGCUGCAGCAGCACUAAAAAAUGCCGGGCAAGCAGUCACUAUUGUAGCACAAUACAGGCCAGAAGAGUACAGCAGAUUUGAAGCCAAAAUCCAUGAUCUACGGGAGCAGAUGAUGAGCAGCAGCAUUAGCUCAGGAUCAGGGUCUCUGCGCACGAGCCAGAAGCGUUCCCUUUAUGUCAGAGCCUUGUUCGAUUAUGACAAGACCAAAGACAGUGGUCUCCCAAGCCAAGGCCUUAAUUUCAGUUUUGGCGAUAUCCUGCACGUGAUCAAUGCAUCAGAUGAUGAGUGGUGGCAGGCUCGACAGGUAACGCCAGACGGUGAGAGUGAAGAAAUUGGAGUUAUCCCAAGUAAAAGAAGAGUUGAGAAGAAAGAACGAGCCAGGUUAAAGACAGUGAAAUUUAAUUCAAAAUCAAGAGAUAAAGGGCAGUCAUUCAAUGACAAGCGUAAAAAGAACAUCUUUUCCCGAAAAUUUCCCUUCUACAAGAACAAGGAGCAGAGUGAGCAGGAAACCAGUGAUCUUGAACAGCAUGUAACCUCUAAUGCCAGUGAUAGUGAAAGUAGUUACCAAAUCAUGAUUACAGAUGAGUAUGGUGAAACAAGAGGUGGUCAGGAAGAUUAUGUUCUCUCCUAUGAACCUGUUGGCCAACAGGAGGUCCAUUACUCUCGUCCUGUUAUAAUUCUGGGACCCAUGAAGGAUCGAAUUAAUGAUGAUCUGAUCUCUGAGUUUCCAGACAAGUUUGGAUCUUGUGUUCCACAUACAACUAGACCAAAGCGUGAUUAUGAAGUUGAUGGACGAGACUAUCAUUUUGUUACAUCUAGAGAGCAAAUGGAAAAGGACAUUCAAGAUCACAAAUUUAUUGAAGCUGGACAAUACAAUAACCACCUGUAUGGCACCAGUGUGCAGUCCGUAAGAGAGGUAGCAGAAAAGGGUAAGCACUGUAUACUGGAUGUGUCAGGAAAUGCUAUUAAGAGACUUCAAAUAGCCCAGCUGCACCCAAUUGCAAUCUUCGUCAAACCAAAAUCAAUUGAAAACAUCAUGGAAAUGAAUAAGCGAUUAACAGAAGAUCAAGCAAGAAAAACUUUUGAGAGAGCCAUAAAACUUGAACUGGAAUUUACAGAACACUUCACAUGUAUUGUACAGGGAGAUUUACUGGAGGAGAUUUACAACCAGGUGAAGCAGAUUAUUGAAGAGCAGUCGGGGCCUUACAUCUGGGUUCCAACCAAGGAGAAACUGUGAAGUCUUCAUAAUAAUCAUCAUCCAUUGCUCGCAAUGAGUCUGGACCCCCUUCUACAGGACUCAUUCUGACUCCUGUUGAUCACAGAUCUCUCUCUCUUUGUGUGUCAUGCAAAGUGAUUUGUCUUUCACCUGGGGGCGUUCACAUCUCCUGUUUGUGAAAAAUGCUUAUACAUGAUACCUGAUAAAAUUACCACCAUAGCUUUUUUUUAAAUGAAGGGGAAAGGCCUGACUAACUGUUGAAGGGAGAUUCUAUGGUACAGUUCCUUAAUGUUUAAGGGCAACAAUUCUUCAGCAAUUUUCAGAAAAGCUUUAUAUAUUUUCUUUUAAUAAUAAACUGAAAGAAAGGAAAAGUAAUCUUCAUGUUUAACAUUGGGUUUGGAAACUAAAUAAUUCUAAGCAGCUUUUUGCACGAUGAACUCUGGAAGCAUGGUUUGGCAGCGGAAAUCCUGAUGGUUUUAUUGUUUGUUGUUUCCUUCUGCAUUACAUAUGCAGGUCAUUAUUUGAGCUGUCUCUAAUUUUUCAUUUGUGCUCCUUCAGUAAUUUCCGCUUUUGAACGAGUUAUAAAACAUCAGCCUUUAAAAUGCAAAGGAAUUUUUAUUCACUUUACAAAGGUUCUAUACAGACCGUACUUUUUUUUUCCUUUUGCCAAUUAAAGUGCACGAUAAAUUAAAAAAAAUGUUUAUAUUGAAUGCCGAUUAGAAUGUGUUCAAGUGACAUUGAAAAUAAUUACUUUCACUCUUGUAGAGAAUCUACUUUUAUGAAUUUGAUUAUUGAAUGGGGAGAGGGGAAGCAAAGAGAAACCAGUAAAUAUAAUGACUAUUUUAAAUGAUAACUGACAUGAUUUUCAAUAGGAAUUUUCAAAUAAGAAUGAUCUGGGAGAUGGGGGUGAGUAUAAAUAAGGAAGGGGAUUUGGCUGAGGGACAGAGCUGAAACCUAAUCAUGACAAUUUGUAAUGGGUGUCAGACUUGAGAUUUUAAGAUAUAUGAAUAAUUAACCCUCAGUAACAAUGUAUUUUGAUAUAAAUGAUCAACUAUAUUAAGCAUACUUUUAACAAAAUACACUAUAUAACUUACCUGGAAUGUGUGUCUUUAAAAUAGCUGCACAUAUAUUUUCUUUCCUUCUAAUCAUCUCUCCAUAAAUGUUUUUUUUUAUUCCAAGUAGACAUGAAUUAGUGUUUAUCAUUUUAACCAUAAGGAUCAUGUGGGAAAUGUGAUGGGAGUAAAACAGUAUUUUGAGAAUAACUGCAAGAAAUAAAACACAAAACACAAAAGAAACCAGUUCUCCUCUUUACCACACCCCCCCCCCUCCAACCCCCACCCCUGUGAAUUCUGUGUGAGGUUAUUCAAAGUGAUGUGCAUGUUUUCAAGAUGUUAAAAGCAAUUUUAAACAAAAUAAUUUUUACAUUUUAUGUACAUUUGCAAGUGCGAAUUGCAAAGAUGUCAUAUCUUCCAUUGUAGCUCUCAAUCAGAGGCUUCUGAAUUGAGAAGACAUAUAUUUUAGCAGUUAUAGGGUAUGUUCUCAAAUGAUACUUUAACACUACAUUUAGAUUAACUGCCUGGUACCCAAACUUUGCUAGUAAUUUGGAGAUGACUUGUUUUAUAUAGGAAUAAUGUGCUUACAAGCAGUUCAGUACACCUGACCCUUCUGGUGCUGCAGUUUGUAUAGACUCUCAUCUAUAUCCAUUCCAUUGUCAAGAGGGGAACAGCUAAUAAACUUUAAUGUACAAUUUA